AUGGUCCUUGUGUUUUCUUUGUUUCAUAUUUAUUUUCCAGAUCCUUCCACAACCUUUUUCGGGUUACAUUUCCCGAUCCUUCCAUCCCUCUCUUCAUCCUGGAUAUUCUUGAUUUUGUUUGCUUUGUUGUUUGUUUUGUCUCAAACGAGAACGUCUCUUUCCUCCUUCCACAGAGCGUCGAACCCGUUCCUUCCGCCGCCCACCACCUCUCCGGAUGCAGCCUCAAGUAGAGCUUCCGAUACUAUUUAUUUGAUCGUCUCCACUGCUCUCUUCCCUGAACGCUUUCAAAUAAAAACAAGAAGAAAUGGAAGUUCUGAGGGCUCGAGCAUCCUAUCCGGUGGCCGGAACGCCUCGGUCGACUGUCUCUCCCUCAGCCUCCUGGAUCCCUCACUUAAGUGGUUCUUUCAUAGGUAUAAAUUCAUUGUUGAUGGUGAAUGGAGGCAUGAUGAGCACCAACCUUUUGUAACUGGUAAUUAUGGUGUUGUGAAUACCAUACUCUUAGCUAGGGAGCUAAACUUCACUCCUUUAGUCUUGACCCUACAUACCACUUCUGGUUCAAGCAUGGAUGUGGACAAUGAGGAUGUAACCCCAGAUAAGAACUCACAGACUGGUUGUGGUGGAAGACAGUCGGAUCAAGCAGAAAAAGCCUGACCAUCAACUGACGGUUGAUGCUAAGUUAUAUACCAAAGACAUUACCCCUGAUGAUAAACAAAAACUGGAUGAAUCUUGACAUAGAGAAGUAAGUAUCACUAAUCCAAAUCCAAAU